AUGUUCCAGCGAGUCUUAAAGGCUGCCGGUAACCAGUCUUCCCAAGCGCCCCCUUCUCCUUCCAGCAAGACCGACAUGCCCCCUCCCACUCCCCCCAAAUCCCGCUCUGGUACCAAGGAGAACACCGCGCCAGGUGACCGCGACCGCGCGAGCUACCUCUCCUUCCUGUGGCAGGACAAGCAGGGCCAGGGCCAGAUGCCAGCCCGGGAUGAGGACGUGCACAUGCACACAAUGAAGGGCGCUCCUCCGUCACCUUCCAAGGCUCAAGCUCCUGCCUCGCCAGCCAAGCCGUACCACUACGUCAAACCGGCACAGCAGAAGCUCUUAGCUGUUCCAGGGGCUGGGCAGGACAUCCACAUGCGUACCGCCAAGGAGACGACCAAGGAGAAGGUGCUUGAGCCUUGGGAGCGCGAAUUGCUAGCCAAGGACGAGAUUAAGCGCAGCGCCACCGUCGCCCAGAUCUACUUCCUCGACUACUACUUUGACCUGUUGGGGUACAUUGCGGACCGGCGCAAGCGCACAGAGAUGUUCAAGGCCGACACGGAGAUGCGCGGCGUGGCAGGCGAGGCGUUCAAGAAGGAGUAUGCGAGCUACAGCGGACGUGAGCGUGUUCUGCUCCGCAAGCGCCGUACCAAGACGCGCAUGGACAGCUUCCACAUUAUCGCGCAGGUCGGCCAGGGUGGCUACGGAUCAGUGUACCUCGCGCGUAAGCGCGACACGGGCGAGGUGUGCGCGCUCAAGAAGAUGCGCAAGGGUACACUCGCCAAGAUGGACGAGGUCAAGCACGUGUUGGUCGAGCGCGACAUUCUCACCGCCGUCAAGACGCCGUGGCUCGUCCGUCUCCUAUACGCAUUCCAGGACCGCGAGCAUGUUUAUCUGGCCAUGGAGUUUGUUCCUGGCGGCGACUUCCGCACGCUACUCAACAACUCGGGCGUGCUCAAGGAGGAGCACGCGCGGUUCUACGCCGCAGAGAUGUUCAUGGGCGUCAACGAGCUCCACAAGCUCGGCUACAUCCACCGCGACCUCAAGCCCGAGAACUUCCUCGUCGACGGAACCGGACACGUCAAGCUGACCGACUUUGGUCUCGCGACGGGUGCCCUCAACCCCGCCAAGAUCGAGGAGAUGAAGUCCAAGCUCGACCAGGUGAGCGACGAUAACCUCGUAUUCCGGAGCACGCUGGAGCGCCGCACAAUCUAUCGCUCAAUGCGUAUGGCCGAGCCGCGAUACGCCGACUCGGUGGUCGGUUCGCCAGACUACAUGCCACCCGAGGUGCUGCGUGGCAAGACAUACAGCUUCAGUGCCGACUACUGGUCGCUCGGCUGCAUCCUCUUCGAGUUCCUGUGCGGCUUCCCGCCCUUCAGCGGCAGCAGUCCGGAGGAGACGUGGGCCAACCUCAAGAACUGGACACGCGUCCUUCGCCGUCCUGUCUACGACCGGCCCGAGGACCUGAUAUUCAACCUUUCCGACGUGGCAUGGGACGGCGUGUGUCGUCUCAUUGCCGCGCCGCGUGACCGCGUGCAGAGCCUCGCCGAUGUGGCUGCCCUUCCGUUCUUUGCUCCCCUGCCGUUCGCUCACCUCCGCGAGACGAAUGCGCCUUUCGUUCCCGUCCUCGACGGCGACACGGAUGUCGGGUACUUUGACAGUUUCUCGAGCCCAGAGGAUAUGGCAAAGUACGCCGAGGUGUUCAAGAAGCAGCGCAGCGUCGAGGCCGUCGAGGAGAAGGGCAUGGGCGACCGCAAGAAUUGGGUCGGGUUUACGUUUGGGCCCAAGGCUGGACUGCCGCCGAACGGACGUAUGCGCAAUCCCGACGACCCGCUCGCCGUCAUGUUCUAG